GCCAAUCCGAGUAACAGUUCCUCCAUUUCCUGUUGUGGAUUUGGAUGAGACGUUAUACCUUCAGAAUGGGAAUAAAAAGCGGAUAGAGUAGAAUAAUUGGGUGGAUGAUUUGGCCCACUAAAUGCAGCUAAACCUACAAACACGGGCAAAGAGAGCCCAACGGAAGAAGGCUGCGAUAAACGUGUUACAACUGAAAAAUACUAGAGGCUUCAACUGUGAUAAAACAAGUGUACAGCCCCAUCAUGUCCAGCUCGCUCCUAUGGGCAGUGGACGUAUACGGGAAGGUGUACAGCCUAUCCACCACCAGAGGGCGCUGGGAGCGUGACGAGGACACCCUCCUGGAGCUAAAGCGUGUUACCGCUGGACAGAGGUGCAGCUGGGGAAUUGGCUGUGACCACCAUGUUUAUCUCAAUAUCGACCCUGGGGAGGUGCCAAUUCGCUAUCGUGAGGAGACCUAUGAGAACCAGAGGUGGAACCCAGUGGACGGCUUCACUGACGUGCUGCUGCCUACUGACCGUUGGGCCUGGAGUGACCUCACAGGGGGGACCGCCCAGCCACUGCACAGCUUCCUGUUGCCCUCAAACAGCUGGGAGUGGGAGGGGGACUGGUACGUGGACCAGGUCUGCGCUGGAGGAGACCCUGUUGAAACUGGGGGCUGGGAGUAUGCAGUGGACUUUCCUGCUAACUUCUCCAGGGAGAAGAAAUGGAACUCGUGUGUUUGUCGCAGGCGAUGGAUUAGAGACAGGAUAUACAAAGCCAGAGGCUCUUGGACCAAGAUCCCCUUGGACCACCCAAAGCAGCCCCCUCUCCCCCUCAGUGACGUUAGCUGUGGAGGCUGGGAGAUGAGCGACCAACCUGGGCGAUAUCACUUCCUGUGGGGUGUGUCCCAACAAGGACAGGUGUGGUUCAGGAGUGGCAUCCUGCCACAGGUCCCCGAGGGCCAGUGCUGGGAGCAGGUGGAGGCCCCCAGGGAGGUGGCCCAGAUCUCUGCCGGACCAGGGGACUUGCUCUGGGCUGUACUCUGGGACGGACAGCUACUGGUCCGUACAGGCAUCUGCCUGGACAGCCCUACAGGUUCCUCCUGGGUGGUGGUGGAUUCUCCCCCAGUAAACGAGGGCGGAACCAUCCAUGUUGCUGUGGGGGUCAGCGUGGUGUGGGCCGUCACUAAGGACUACAAAGUGUGGUUUCGGCGGGGGGUGAACUCUCAUAACCCCUGUGGCUCAGGAUGGAUCAGCAUCGGUGGGGAGAUGAUGAUGGUGGAUGUGGGACUCAAUGACCAGGUGUGGGGAGUUGGAGAGGACCGUGGUCUGUAUUUCAGGAAGGGUGUCACCCCAUCGGAGCCCAGUGGUAGGGGCUGGAUACCUGUUUCUGCCCAAUGGGGUCACAGCAAAAGAUGGUCCAACCCAGUGCUCUGUGAGUUCGGGGGACAGGUGACCAAUGCUUCCCAUGGCUCUGUUCUGACCUGCGAGGACUCAGGGGACACUGAGCUCCUCCUCACCACCAUCCCCCCAAGGCCACAGGACAGCCCCAAAGCCUUCAUCCCCACCAGUGACAGCUUCAUCUCCAGCCUGGUGGCUGACCGUGAGCCCCUGAGGACCCCCACACCCUCCCCCAAAAAGCCACCCCAGGGGAAGGACAGCGAGGCCACCCCAGCCCCGAUGUGCAAUGUGGACCUGGACGCAGCUCAGAGCCCCCAGGGAGAGGCAUCUUCUCUUGGCAGGGCAGGGGAUGUGGGACCCCCCACCUCAGUGGCCACCUACCCCCUGGGUCUGGAGCCCUCUCUGGGUUUGGGGGAGGAGGACGGGCCUGUAUGGGCCUGGAUCUCUGGCGGAGGCUGUGAUGUGGACCAUACAGCUCAGAUGACCUGGCUCAGGCCUGCAGACCCAUGCUCCACUGCCCUGUCCAUCGGCCCUGUUGAACCAGAAGCCUUGACGGCUAGGAAGGCCGAGACCACCACCAGUAAGGAGCCAGUGGAGAGAAGCGCAUCUGUGUGGGUGAGGAAGGGCAGCAUGCGCUGGUGGAGGGACUGGAAGCCCUAUCGCUGGGUGGAUGUGGGCGUGGCCCUGGAGCAGUCCACCAACGUCAAUGGCAAGAGGGAUGCCAUCUUCUUCAUCUACUUCACCCAGUAUGACGAGAAGAAGUACCUCCAUGUGUUUAUAAGUGAUGUGACGGUGCUGGUUCCUGUGCUCAAGGAAAACUCCCAUCAUGCCUUUGCGGUGUACACGUCAGAUAGCACAAAACAAAGAUGGCCGCUGAUCCUGGCUGCACAGACUGAGAAGGACAUGGCUGACUGGCUGUCCCUGUUGGCUGGGUGCUGCUGCGAGGCCAGAGGGAUCAGAGGAACCCCCUCCCGACAGGCCCUGUGGUCAGUCACCUCCAAGGGGGACGUGAUGGUCCACGAGCCCUCUCCCUGUCUGGAGGCCGCGGCACACACCUUGCCCUGUGACAUGAUGUUUUGGCUGCAGGUCCCGGGCCACCUGCGCUGUGUAGAGUCUAACAGUCUGGGUGUGGUGUGGGGGAUCGGGUAUGACGGCACCGCCUGGGUCUACUCUGGUUCGGGCAGCGCUGCUGAGGAAGAGCCCCCUCAGGGAGACAGGCGUAUCCUGCACACACAGACAGAUGGAAGGACUGUGUACAUCUAUGAGAACCAGCGAUGGAACCCCGUGACUGGAUACACAGACAAGCUUCUCCCCACAGACCGGUUCCCGUGGAGUGAUGACAACGGCUUUACAGAGUGCACCAAGUCCACCACCCACCCUCCCUCGCCUCAGUGGAGCUGGGUGACAGAGUGGGCCGUGGACUUGGCUUUCUCAGGAGGGACAGACAAAGAGGGGUGGCAGUAUGCAGCAGACUUCCCUGUGACGUUUCAUGGCAACAAGAGCCUGAAGGACUUUGUCAGGCGUCGGCGCUGGGUCAGGAAGUGUAAAAUCACCCUGACUGCCCCAUGGCAGGAAGUCCCGCCCAUCCCCCUAAGUGACAUCACAGUGUUGCCGUGCCUGGCUCAGAGCAGUAUGGAGCAGGUCUCAGUCUGGGGCCUCAGUGACAAGGGGGACGUCCUGUGUCGCCUGGGGGUCACCCCCCAAAACCCUGCGGGUUCCUCGUGGCUCCACGUGGGUACUGACCAGCCCUUCAAGUCCAUCUCCAUCGGGGGAGGUCACCAGGUGUGGGCCAUUGCCAGGGACAGAGCUGUGUUCUACAGGGGCUCAGUGUCUGCCAGAAACCCUGCAGGAGAGUGUUGGUACCACAUCCCUUCCCCACCCAAACAGAGCCUCAGACAGCUGUCUGUAGGGAGAACCUCUGUCUACGCUGUGGAUGAAAACAGUAACCUGUGGUACAGACAGGGCCUGACUCCCAGCUACCCCCAGGGCUCAGCCUGGGAGCUCGUCUCCAACAACGUGACCAAAGUCUCAGUAGGACCUCUAGAUCAGGUGUGGGUGAUAGCAGACUGGGUCCCAGGCUGCCCGAGUGAGCUGUCUGUUCCUGGAGCUGUCUGUCACAGGCUGGGGGUGGGACCUAUGCAGCCCAAGGGCCAGUCCUGGGACUACGGCAUCGGGGGAGGAUGGCAGCACAUCAGUGUGAGAGGGAACUCCACAGAGGCUCUACGUGCCACCCCGGCCCUUACUGGAUCCACCCCCCGUAGCCCACUCCCUGCCAGGCCAGUCCUUACUGACACCACCCCCCGUAGCCCACUCCCUGCCAGGCCAGUCCUUACUGACACCAUCCCCCGUAGCCCACUCCCUGCCAGGCCAGUCCUUACUGACACCACCCCCCGUAGCCCACUCCCUGCCAGGCCAGUCCUUACUGACACCAUCCCCCCUGUAGCCCACUUCCUGCCAGGCCAGUCCUUACUGACACCACUCCCUGUAGCCCACUUCCUGCCAGGCCAGUCCUUACUGACACCACCCCCUGUAGGCCAGUCCUUACUGACACCACCCCCUGUAGCCCACUUCCUGCCAGGCCAGUCCUUACUGACACCACCCCCUGUAGCCCACUUCCUGCCAGGCCAGUCCUUACUGACACCACCCCCUGUAGGCCAGUCCUUACUGACACCACCCCCUGUAGCCCACUCCCUGCCAGGCCAGUCCUUACUGACACCACCCCCUGUAGCCCACUUCCUGCCAGAAUACCUUUGUCACAGGAGAACGGGAACUCUGUAGGUCUGUAGGGUCUCUACUAACCCGCCCCUCCAUCUCUACCCACAGCCCUGUGUGCCUGAUUCCAUUUCCAAUACAACCCAGCACAAACAUGGUCAUGUUGGUCUAAAUGUAAAGAGCAUGAAUUGGUUGGAUAUUUAAAUCACUUAGUGCUGGGCUAAAAACAUGUUGGCCACCUUUGACCCAGCACUGGAAGUAUUAGUGCUUCUGUCAGUUUAUCCAUUCCACAGUCUGAACUUUAGUGGCAGGUGCUAGGAGAAGUGGUUAGGGUGAGAAAUGGAACCUAGCCUGUGUUCCAUACCAACACACGCCACUCCCUUCAUCCUCCGUGUAGUCUUGCUUUGUAUGAUUUUGUUUUUGCUUUCUCAUUUGCCUAGUUGACACACACCUUGUAUGUAUGCUUUGGAAUUUGUUUACUGUCAUCUUGGUUUGGCCUGCAUGAUGUUUGCAAUGUAGUGGUUGAAGUAGCUUUUUCUUCAGAAUUAAAAAUAUCAACUAUAGUCAUAGCUCUGGGCUUCCAUGACAAGGAUUAUUUAAUUAA